AUGGGCACCUCACCAAUUACGCUGAGAAGCAUUCUCGGCUUUCUCUUUGUCUUCGUGCAGCUCGCAUCUGCCCUCAAAUUCGACCUCACUGCCACUUCAGGCGGCGGCAAGAACGAGCGAUGCAUUCGUAACUUCGUCUCAAAGGACCAGCUAGUCGUUGUUACUGCCACCGUCGGCGGGACCAAGGGUGAUGGACAGAAGGUCAACAUUCACAUCAAGGAUGCCAUGGGCAACGAUUACGGCCGACCCAAGGAUGUUGUCGGUGAAACCCGUCAGCUCUUCACCUCGCCCGCGGACACCGCUUUCGACGUCUGCUUCGAGAACCAGCUCACUGGCCACAACGGAAUCUCCAACCCCACCCGCCCCAUUGAACUCGACGUCGACAUUGGCGCCGAUGCCCGCGACUGGAACAGCAUUCAGCACCAGGAGAAGCUCAAGCCUGUCGAGACCGACCUCCGCCGCAUCGAGGAGAUGGUCGCCGACGUAGUGACUGAGAUGGAGUACCUGCGCGCCCGUGAGCAGCGUCUCCGUGAUACCAACGAGAGCACCAACGAGCGAGUCAAGUGGUUCGCUUUCGGCACUAUGGGUAUGCUUGUUGGGCUUGGUGCUUGGCAGGUCGUUUACCUGAGAGCUUACUUCAGGUAUGUUGAUUCCGGUGUGGAAUUGGUGUCAGAAAGGGACUUGGUUACUGACUUGGCUACAGAUCUAAGCACCUUAUCUAAGGAUUUCGGCCUCGGGGUUGCUUGCAUAUUUUGA